CCCCUGGACAUUUAAAUAGGCAAAAGAAAUCCUAAAACCCCCAAUUCAAAACCCUAGAAUUUUGUUUUGAAUUAGAAUCCCAAUUCUCAUUUCCUCAAGAAAUCGAACUUUGCGCUAUGUCCAAACGGCAUAGGCAUUCGGAAAUCAAAGAAGAACAAGAUAUCAUAAGCAAAUUGCCAGACGCACUACUCACACACAUCCUCUCAUUUCUCCCAGAAGCUGAUGCGAAUCGGACACGCAUUUUGUCGAACAGGUGGAAGGACAUCUGGGCGUUUCUCCCAAAUCUCCGUUUCGUUAUGCCCAUUUGUUGGUCAGCUGAAGAAGUGAAGAAAUUUCACGAUUCAGUUGAUCAAGUCAUUGCUGUUCGUGGUGUUAUGCACACUAAUAGGUUCUAUCUUUACUGUUCAAAGAACUGCGAUUACAAUCGUGUUUAUGAGUGGCUUUGUGCUGUUGUUAAAUUUAAGGUUCAAGAAAUUGAACUUAGGUUUCCCGCUGAUAGAUUUAGGGUUAAGUUCUGUUGGAAUUUGUUUAGGAGUUGCAAUGCACUCGUUGGGUUAACUUUGAGAGGAGAGUUCGUUUUAGAUGUGCCUGAAGAUGAGUUGCUUUUUCCUUGUCUGAAGAAAAUCAAUCUGGUAUCCAUUGUUUAUUCGGGUGAUCAAUCGCUAACAAAUCUGAUUUCAGGGUGUCCUGUUUUAGAAGAAUUGUUUGUGGAGAGACAGGUAAUCGGUUCCUCAGACAAUUUGGAGGUUUUUAAGGUCUCAUCGCCUUCUUUAAAGAGAUUAAGGAUAUCAUUUUCACUGUGUGUUCAUGGGGAUUAUAAGGCUGUCAUUGAUGCUCCUAACCUAGAAUACAUGUACAUUGUGGAUGUAAUGUCAGCACACUACACUUUUCCGAAUCCGUUGAUGUCUCUUGUAGAAGUUUACAUGAAGACCCCAGCCUUUCGCAAUACUGAAUAUCUUCUUCCAACCCUAUCAUCGGUCAAAUUAUUGACCUUGACCGAUUCAACAUUAAUGGCUCUCCACAAUGGGGAUGCUGUAGCCAUAGGCAGAUUCGAUAACUUGGUCAAACUUGUGAUUGAGCAUAUUACCUUUAUGGAUGGACUUGUACCUUUUCCGCGUGAACAACAUACAUUUAACAUGAACUGGGACCCACUAUUAGAUCCUCCAGAUUGUUUGCGGCAUAAAAUGAAGGAAAUCAAAAUACUCAACAAAGAAGCUAUCACACAAGAAGAGCUCCCUUUGACCAGGUACAAAACUGAGAACUAAUAAAGACAAGCAAAUGAUGAUGAUGACAUAGCAAGUGUUUGAUAAUCUCAUGUUGAUCUCAAUACUUUAAGAAGAUGAUCAUUUUACGGAAGGUAUUAAUUGUAUUUAUGGGAGAUUUUGUUGAGUGGUUGGCAUGUAAAUAUAUAGUUUAGAAAUGUAAAUGUUUGUAAUAGUCUUUAAUUACAAGUGUAAAACAUGUUGGAUUCUUUUGGGAAUG